AUGAUCUCAGCUUUAUUCAUACUUAAUCUCAAAGGUGAAGUCUUAAUCAGUAGGUUAUAUCGUCCAGAUAUAAAACGUUCAAUCGCCGAUAUCUUUCGAAUCCAUGUAAUCUCAAACCCAGACGUUCGAUCUCCAAUCAUAACCUUAGGUUCAACCUCAUUCUUUCAUGUCAGACAUCAAAACUUAUACUUAGCAGCCGUAACGAAAUCAAAUGCGAAUGCAGCAAUCGUGUUUGAAUUUCUUUAUCGAUUGAUUAAUUUAACUCGUAGUUAUUUUGGUAAGAUGGAUGAAGAAUCAGUUAAGAAUAAUUUUGUUUUGAUUUAUGAAUUACUUGAUGAGAUACUUGAUUUUGGGUACCCUCAGAAUAGUGAAAUCGAUACCUUAAAGAUGUAUAUUACUACAGAAGGUGUUAAAUCUGAACAAGCUGUUCGAGAAGAUUCAUCCAAGAUCACCAUCCAAGCUACUGGUGCUACGUCUUGGCGAAGACAUGAUGUUAAGUAUCGAAAGAAUGAAGCCUUUGUGGAUGUGAUUGAAACAGUGAAUUUGAUCAUGUCUGCUAAAGGAAGCGUUCUUCGGUCGGAUAUUGAUGGUCAGAUUCUAAUGCGAGCUUAUCUAUCAGGUGCACCAGAAUGCAAGUUUGGUUUGAAUGAUAAAUUGGUACUUGAGAACACUGAUCGAACCAAAUCGAUUGGUGCAAGUCAUGAUGAUAGUUCAGUAGAGUUAGACGAUUGUCAAUUCCAUCAAUGUGUUAAACUAGGCAAGUUUGAUUCAGAUCGAACGAUUAGUUUUAUUCCACCUGAUGGAGAGUUUGAGUUAAUGAGAUAUCGAUCUACUACUAAUGUUCAAUUACCGUUUAGAGUUCAACCUAUUAUUGAAGAAAUCGGAAAAUCUUCUGUAGAUUAUACUGUUCAUCUUAAAGCUAAUUUCAAUUCUAAAUUAAAUGCUAAUAAUGUGGUGGUGAAGAUUCCAACGCCUUUGAAUACCACUAAAGUAGACUGUAAAGUUCAAAUCGGUAAAGCGAAAUAUGUUCCAGCUGAUAAUUUAAUUAUAUGGAAGAUCCCAAGAAUGCAAGGUCAAGCAGAUGCAACCUUAACAGCCGAAGCAACUUUAUCUGCCACCACUCAUCGAAAGACUUGGUCAAGACCUCCAAUCAAUUUAGAUUUUCAAGUUUUAAUGUAUACUUCUUCGGGUUUGUUAGUUAGGUUUUUAAAGGUUUUUGAAAAAUCAAAUUAUAAUUCCGUCAAAUGGGUUAGAUAUCUUACAAAGGCUAAUGGAACUUAUCAAGUUCGAUGUUGA